AUGCAGGUGACGAGUUCGGUGGGCUAUCCACCGCUUAUGAAGCUUUUGCCGUCCGAUGCUGUGGAGAGGGCGACAGCAAUUUUAAACGAAAAAAAAAGAGAGGAAAUUGUUCUAGAUGGAUUUAAGCUUGUUAGGGAACACGUGACAAAUUUUAUUUCCCAACGGGACAACGUUACCACGCACAUGGACGAUAUCCUCUUGACUGAUGCCGUCAGCGCUGGACUUUCCGUAUUUCAACUCACCCUGGUCAGCAGUGAGCCAUUUAUUUCUGUGAGGAAAGUCGUCGCCGAGAUGCAUCACCCGUUUAAUAAGGUGGAGCUUAUUUCUUUCAACUCAAUUUCAAAGGGUAAAGGUGACUUCAAGGCUGGCUUGAGGUUCACCAACGAGCCAACUUUGCGUGGCGGAUAUAUGGAAAUUUACAAUAUUGACCCUGCCAUACGGGCCGUAUUGGUACAACUCUUAUCGGUUAAACAGUGUCCAAAUCUAAUGGGGCAGGUUGGGCUGUAUGCCAUGGUGAAUCCACCAAUUGUUGUGGAACCAUCAUACACUUUGUUCGAAAGAGAGAAACUCGCCAUAUUUUCGAAUCGUAAAAUAGUUGCGGAUAAAAUUGUUAAAUUUUUAAAUAGCAUUCCAGGCUUUUAUCAGCCCAAGUUGGAAGCAGGAUUUGUAGUUUUUCCAAAGAUCACAAUUCCCGAAAAAGCAGUAACUCUAGCUGUGAAUGCUGGCACGUUUCCUGACGUGUUUUACUCCUUGGAGUUGUUAGAGGCGACUGGAAUUUAUGUAGAAGUGGGGUCUGGUUAUGGUUUGCCCUCUAAUCAGAGUCACAUUAAGUAA